CCCUCCCUUCACGUCACCCACCCUCCUCCUGCCACCCCCCGUCUGCAGCCAACACAAAACAAGCCGUUGUCUCCAAACACAUCGUCUCGGUGUCUUUGAUAGGUAGUUGAUAACAGACUAAAGACUAAUGGGACCGGCUGAUCUUGCGGUAUAUAAGGCAGUUGCUGCAGCAGCAGUUUCAGAGUCCUUCAAGGACAGCAUAGUCUUCAGACCACAAGCACCCUCAGGAAGAGUCUCAGCUGUCUUCUGGAUCCUCCAGAGUUUUUUAAAUCGUCAUCAUGGCAUUGAUCUUCGCUGCAAGUCUCCUGGUUUUGGUACAUUCAGCAGUGGCGUUUGACAUGGGUCAGUCAACUCGCUGCGUCGCCAUCCCCAACCAAAUGAAGGUCUGCAAAGACGUAGGAUACUCUGAGAUGCGUCUACCUAACUUCUUGGGCCAUAGCAAUUUGGAACGGGAGGUGGUGCCACGAUCAGAAGACUGGAAGCCCUUGUUGCAAACCGGCUGCCACCCUCAAGCUCAGGCCUUCCUCUGCUCUCUGAUUGCUCCUGUCUGUCUUGACACGUUUAUCCAGCCCUGUCGUAGUCUGUGUGUGGCAGUGAGGGACAGCUGUGCUCCCGUGCUCGCCUGCCAAGGUCGCCCAUGGCCCGAGGCUCUCAACUGUGACCGUUUCCCUGCUGAGGAGGACAUGUGCCUCACUCCUCAUGCAAAAUUGAAUCACUUUGCAAAAGACCUUCCUAAACCUGCUUGUCAAAACUGUCCUGCUGUGGAAGAAGCUCCUUCAAUGAAAAAAGUCUUGGAUGCUUUUUGUCUGCAUGACUUCGCUGUUACUGCCAAACUCCAUCGUCGACGUCUGUUUUCAGCAGAACCAGAGUUCGAGGUGGAGGGCCGGGUGGAGUUUAUCCGCCAGGGACCUCUGCUGCCCUACGACACCCAGCACCUACUCCAACAAUGGCUCCUCAUUAAUCUUCAGUGUGCCAACGCCCUUGUGCGCCCGGGACGGUCUCAGCUCUAUGUGCUGACUGGUUCUGUGCAGGCUGAUGGCACUCUUGCUCUCACACGUGUCUUCCCUUGGCACAAAAAAGACACAAACAUUGCAGUGGCCACUCGUAAGUGGAAGCACCACAGGUGUUGAGCAGAAAGAGAAAAACCUGUGCACUGAAUUAAGGCAGAAUUUGCCAGGACAUCACAAGAAGAACAGUGGACUGGGCCUGACCCAUAACUGUCCUGACGAAGGACAGUAUUGGACAGUGAUGACAUGUCCUCAGUAGUUCAGUAGGUCAUCACUGUUUCCUCAGCACAAAGUAAUGAAAUGCACUCGAACCUGUACAUAAUGUUAUUACAUGUAAAUUGAUUGCAGAUUC